AUGAAGGGCGGCGCGUUUCUGCUUCUGCUGCACGCAUGUCUACUACUAGCUUCGCAUCGCCUCGCCGCCGCGAAUAGCCGUCGCGAGCUGCAAGCGUCGUGCCCCGCGGGCGUGGUGUGUCCGACCGGCGCGACGUGCGCGGUGGACGGCAGCGGAUACCCUUUCUGCAAGUGCGCGGCGGGGCAGGCCAUCAUCAACGGCGUAUGCGCGCCGGCCGCCAGUUGGGCGGAGGUCGGCACCAACGUGGUGAUCUACAACAAGGCCAAAUACGCCAAUACGCCCACCUCGCUCGCGCCCGCCGUGCUGCGCGGCGCGGCGCCGAACUCGAGCGCGUGCGUGAACCUGCCGGCGGCGUUCAACGGCACGAUAGGGUCGGUGCGCAUCAUGUGGAACGUGAACGACGGCGUGGCGGACCACCUGGUGUGCGGCAAGUUGUUUUUCUGGGACAAACCCAACUGCUGCUGCUCCGGGUCGGGUUAUCAGAUCCCCGGCGGGUGGACGACCGUCGACCCCAACAAGUUCACCUACACCACCACUAGCGUCUCGGCGACGAGCGGCAUCAUCGCGACCGCCAGGUCCAUUUCGUGCCAAGCCGCCAUCGCGACACCCACCUACCCCUGCGCCGUGACGACGUGCCCCGUCAACGCCACGUGCUCCGUGGUCAACAGUGCCGCCGUGUGCACGUGCAACGCUGGGUUGACCAUGGUCAACGGGCAAUGCGUUGUGCCCAACCCGUGCACGGGGUACACCUGUCCCGCCAACUCAGCAUGCUCCAACGUCAAUGGCGUCGCCACGUGCACGUGCAAUACUGGUUACCAGAUGGUCAACGGCCAGUGCGUUGGUGAGUUUAACUCCAUUCUUCUCAUUUUACCAGUGCCCAUCCCUCCUUUUCCCCACCCCUCUUUCUUUGUUCCCAUUCACCUCUUCCACUUUCUCCAACUCCUCAUCUCCACUCUCUCCCUCUCUCUCUUCCCCGUUCUCCUCUCCUCACCUCCAAUUUCUCGCUUGCCUCCGGCCAAAUCGCUGCUUUAUCCCUUGCUCUCCCAUCUCCCAAACGCCAGUGCCCAACCCGUGCACGGGUUACAGCUGUCCCGCCAACUCAGCAUGCUCCAACGUCAAUGGCGUUGCCACGUGCACGUGCAACAGUGGUUACCAGAUGGUCAACGGCCAGUGCGUGGUGCGGCGGUGAGUGCUGCCGGCGAUGUGCCUUGCUGCACGUUCAACGGCGCGAGCACCAAGCUGCCGGACCCGUGUGCGACGGCCAACUGUCCGCUCAACUCGGUGUGCAGCAACGUCAACGGCGUCGCCACGUGCACGUGCUCUGCUGGAUUCCAGAUGGUCAACGGCCAGUGCGCCGCGCUUCCCCCCCCGGACCCGUGUGCGAGCACCACGUGUCAGGCCAACGCCAACUGCACCGUGGUCAACGGCGCCGCCACCUGCACGUGCCUGCCCGGCUUUGACCCGGUCAACGGCGCCUGCUACCUCUGCUGUUCUGCUCCCCCUUCUCUCAUCUCCGCCUCCGCGCUUGUUGCCGCCUUGUCUCCCGCUGCCGCCCUCCUACCAGCACCCGACCCAUGCGCGGGAUUCUCAUGCCCCGCCAACUCAGCAUGCUCCAACGUCAACGGCGUCGCCACGUGCACGUGCAGCGCCGGUUACCAGAUGACGGACGGCCAGUGCGUCGUGCCUGCACCAAUAGCCGACCCCUGUGCGUCGACCACGUGUCCCGCCAAGGCCACAUGCAGCAGCGUGAAUGGAGUGGCCACGUGUGUGUGCGCCGUGGGCUACACCAUGGUCUCCGGCGCCUGCCAGCGUACGCCCAUCGCCUCUCCCCUCCCUCCCUCUCCCUUCCUUUGCUCUCUCCAGCUCUGCCCGUUCUCUGCUGCCACAACCUCGGCCGCGCCCUGCUCGCUGGUGACAUGCCCGGCCAACUGCACGUGCUCCUCCGCCAAUGGCGUCGCCAAGUGUAACUGCGCCGACCUGUGCUACGGGGUGAGGUGCCCCGACGUCUCCAAGUGCACCUACAUGCUCGGCGCGCCUGUCUGCACGUGCCCUCCACCCUACACGCGCCUCAUUGACAACAAGUGCUCCAACGCGACGCUGGCCUUUUCCAACUAUCUGGACAACCACAAUGCGGCCAGGGCAGCUGUGGGCGCCAUCCCCCUCGUGUGGAACGCCACCCUGGCAACGAGGGCGCAGGCGUGGGCGACAGCGCUGACGAACAGCACGUACAACUGCGGGCUGUCGCACGGCGGCAACAGCGGCGAGGGGCAGAACCUCUCAGGCGCCAGCCCUUCUGGGUGGGCAUCAGAUGCGGCGGCUGUGAGCUGGUGGGUGGGCGAGGGCGACCUGUACUCGUACGCUGUCUUCUCUGGCGGCUGCAGCACCGGCAACUGGGCCGACUGCGGCCACUACACCCAGGUCAUUUGGAACAACACGCGCACCGUGGGCUGUGCCAAGGCGUCGUGUGGCACGAGUGCGGACGUGUGGGCGUGCCAUUACUACCCACCCGGCAACUACGGUGGCCAGCUGCCCUAUGUGCAAGACCCGUGCUACCGGGUGGCAUGCCCGUCCACGGCCACAUGCACGGUGCGGUACGGGCAGCCCAUGUGUGAGUGUGGGGCGGGGCAGGUGCUGGUGAACAACGCCACGUGCCAGCCCGACCCGUGCGCCAGCGGCACCACCACGUGCCCCGGCAACCUCGUGUGUGACGGCUCCUCCGGCUCCGCCCAGUGCGCCUGCCCCACCGGCCUCGUGCCCAUCACCUCCGACACCUGCGUCCCGCCGGCGUGUGUGGGGGCGGUGUGCCCAGCACAGGCGACAUGUGCAGUGGACGGGAGUGGGUACCCGUUCUGCCAGUGCCCCACGGGGUGGUACCUGGGCAGCAACGUGUGUGUGCAGGGCACGCCCGCAGCUGUGUCAGCCACGAGCCUGGCCAUCUACAACACGGCGUCCUACACCAGCACGGCCCCCGCGCUGGGCCCCACGCUCGUGCGCACAGGGCUGCCCGCCAACUCGUCACGCGCCAGCUGUGUGGACAUCCCCGGCGGCAUUGCGGCGGCGUCGCUGCGCGUGCUGUGGAAUGUGCCGGACAGCACGGGGGCGCCCAAGCAGUCGUGCGGGCUGCUGUGGUUCUGGACCAGCGCCUCCUGCUACGGCUCCGCCACCGGCUACUACCGCCCCGCCGGCGAUGUCACCAACUUCGCCACCACGUCGGGCAAUGUGGCCCUCGUCAAGGCCGUUGCCUGCGCCAUCUGA